AUGGCUGAUCCGUUGUCAAAAGCUGAGUUUAAUGGUUUCACAUUAGAAACAGCAAUUUCGAUUACGAAAUCGGUAUUGCUUUCAAUUGGGUUAAUAUCCACUGUAAGUUUGUUCAAAGUGGCUGUAAUCCCAAAAGUUGCGAGCCUUUUGACCACUACUCUUCCUCGCUUAUGGGUCUCCUUCGGAUUAUGGCUUUCUCCUCCCUAUGUGUUCCUUGUAUUCAAUUUCAUUAUCGUCGCCGUCGCUGCCUCCUCCGUCUUCCGCCGCCCAAUAGACACAUCCGAGAAUAGCUACAUACCCAUUUCUUAUGAACAUACUCAUGUUGCUGCUUCCUCUCCCUAUAUGUCGAUGCAUGAGGAUCAAAGCUUUUGGAUCAUUGCUCGUUCUAGAGAAAUCUGGAAUGGGAUCCCGAACGAGGACGAACAGGGGAAGGAGCAAUGGGAUUUUCCGACUCUGUUCACGGAUAAAUUCAGCAACCCAUUAUCUGAAAAGCUCUGUGCAUAUUCUUGCGAGAAGGAUGAAGAUGCCGGCGGCGGCGGCGGAGGCGGUGAUGGUGACUCGAUGGACGCUACGUGGAAGGCGAUCAUGGAAAGUCAAGGGAAACAGACGUCGCAGCUGAAGAAGAACCAGACAUGGGACUCACCGCCGCCGCCGCGACGUUUGAUUAGAGCCGCCGACGCUGGUGCCAACACGGUGGAGCUGGCUCGGAAUGAGGUGAAGAAAUCGGAGAGGUUCCUCCCAGCGGCGUCGCUUCGGAGGAAGAUAUCGAUGACUUCGGAAGAGCUGAGAUGCCGGGCUGAGGCGUUCAUAGAAAUGGUUAACCGAAGCAUUCGCCUGCAGCGGCAAGAAUCAGAGCAGCGUUUCUUGCAGGCGUUGAAACGCAAUUUCUAG